UCCGCACUAAUAUUUUGAUUCUACUUUCGGGAAACAUUGCCACGGAUUGAUUAGCCAAACCAAGAGAUAUGUCUCCUAAACCAAAUCAAGAUCUGUGCCGUAUUUGCUAUAGUCUUGCCGUUACUUAUGUUCCACUUAGUAAAACAGUCAAUGGAAAUACCCUGGCUGAUAUGCUACGACACUGCGUGAAUCUAGAGAUCGAUGAAAGCGACGAUCUACCCUAUCAGUGCUGCACGGAAUGCAAAUCGGACUUGGAGGUUGCAUACAAAAUGGUUAUUCGUUGUCACGAAUCUGACACUAAGUUUAGAGAGCAGUUGAUGCAGUUCAAUCUUAAUCCUGGUAGUCUCCUAUUAACUGAUGAUUCAAAACCAUGGAUUGCAGAUACAAUCAAGACCGAAGUAAUAGCAGACGAUGAAAUCAUGCCGGAUGAAUGCAUCUAUGCAGAACCAUUGUUCGAUGUUCAAUCUACGUUGGAUGUGAAACCGACUGUUAAAAAGGAAACAGAGACUAAUUAUGAUACGGAUAAUUCAAAUGGUAAAACGGUAAAUUGCAACAAAGAAAAAGCUGUUGAUACGGACGAAAAACCAAAACGUAAAAAACAAAAACUGUCAGGUCCGAAACGAUGUUGCCGGUGUAAGCAGAAAUUAUCCACAAUGGAAGAGGUUCGUGAGCAUUCCAAAACCGUUCAUUUGAGUAUGAAAGUAACAGAUCCAGCAAGGAUUGAAGCACGCCCUUAUGAAUGUGGAAUAUGUUUCAAAAGGUACACAACGAAAAAGGCGCUGGGACUACAUAAGCAGCAGCUGUACAUUGAGAAUCAGCAUAAAUGUGACCAGUGUGAAGCGGAUUUCAAAUCCGAAGCCUCGUUGAACGCUCACAAAGAAACUCAUACUGCCGAUGUGGUACAACAAUACAGCAAUCGAAAAGGUCAACAACCUCGAUGCUGUGCCUGCUAUGAACAGUUUGAAUCAGAUGAACAGCUGAAGCAGCAUGCCAAUGAAAUACACCUCCCGGAAACAUUAGCAAUCGAGGAUACGAACAAUCAGUAUCAGUGUGACUUGUGUUACCGGAGAUAUAAAAAUGUACGGAUCCUUCGAGAACAUCAGCUGAAACCAUACCGUUUGCAACAAUAUCAGUGUUCAACCUGUGGGCGAAUUUUUCGAGACAAAGGAGCGGUGGCUGACCAUGAACGAUCACAUCUGAACGAACGCGCCUAUGUUUGUCCGGUCUGUGCCAAACCAUUUGUAAUGAAAGACUCGUAUCGAAAGCAUGUCAAAGCUCAUUCUUUGGCUGAGGAUCGCUUCAAGUGCGACAUUUGUGGUAAAGGAUUCAAAACUAAGGCAAAUCUCAAGGGUCAUUUUAUCACACAUAACCCACAGCAUCGGCCCAUACAUUGUACACUGUGCCCGUCUACCUUUGCUCGAAAGGUAUGCCUGCAAGCACAUAUGAAAUUACACACUGGCGAAAAGCCGUACAAGUGCGACCAGUGCGAUGCUGCCUACACAUUUUCUACAGACCUCAAACGUCAUAUUAUGGCACAUCAAGGACUGAAACCGUACGUGUGUACAAUUUGUGGUCGCGGAUACCCACGAAAGGAUUAUCUACGGAAACACAUGGCCAACCAUAACGCGCAGGGAUGACUUGAUUAACGACAAUGUGACAAUGUAUAGCGAAUGUUUCCAAUAUAGUAUAUGUAGAGCAUAAACUUCACAAUGGAUUGGGUAUAAACGAAAUACAAAAUUAUUUUAAUUCA